AUGGGUCGUCUUGUUGUUGUGCGUCUUCUUGUUGUAGUUAUGGGUCUUCUUGUAGUUGUUCGUCUUCUUGUUGUAGUUCGUCUCCUUGUUGUAGUUAGGGGUCUCCUUCUUGUAGUUGUUCGUCUCCUUGUAGUAGUGCGUCUUCUUGUUGUAGUUAUGGGUCUUCUUGUUGCAGUUAUGGGUCUUCUUGUCGUAGUUAUGGGUCUCCUUCUUGUAGUUGUUCGUCUUCUUAUUGUAGUUAUGGGUCUCCUUCUUGUAGUUGUUCGUAUUCUUAUUGUAGUUAGGGGUCUUCUUGUUGUGAUUAAGAGGCCCUUUGUUAUAGUUGUUCGUCUUCUUGUUAUAGUUAUGAGUCUCUUGGUUGUGACUGUUGGUGUUGGUGCUGAUAUUGGUGUUCUUAGUGUUGGUAUUAUUGAUGUUGCUAUAGUGCUUAUUGCUUGUGUUGUUGAUGCUGUUGUAUUUGUUGUUAUCGUUGUUGUUGUGUUUUGGGAUACAAUCACGAUCCCAUUUUCACUACGAUUGUGUAAUCCAAUACCCAAACCUAAACCUAGUGCUAAACCUAUGAAAAUUAGAGAAACAACAAUACCAACGCCCAUUACGAGUCCCAAUGGUUCCCAUGGGCUCCAUGUUUUUCUUCCAAGGCCAGAUUUAUAUUGUUUCAUAUCGUAA